CUCACUUACUCACUAUACUGUUACUGUUUCCUCAUUUCAGAGUGACGGUAAAAAACAUGACAGCCAGAGCCACAUGGCUCCUUCUCCUACUGUUCAUUUCCACUCUGACUAAAAUUCAGUCGGAGGUGUCGCCGGAAACUAGUGCUCCGGCGGGUUUCGACACCGGAGGACUGAGCCGAGCAAGUUUCCCCAAGGGCUUCAUGUUCGGAACCGCGACCUCGGCUUACCAAGUGGAAGGUGCCGCCGGGAAAGAAUAUGGCCGUGGACCUAGCAUUUGGGACACUUUCAUCAAAUUUCCUGGACGUGAGCCCAACAAUGCGACAGGAGAGGUGUCUGUGGACCAGUACCAUAGAUAUAAAGAAGAUAUUGAUCUGUUGGCCAAUCUCAACUUUGAAGCUUACCGUUUCUCAAUUUCAUGGUCCAGGAUAUUCCCUAAUGGAACUGGCAAGGUGAACUGGCAGGGAGUUGCUUACUACAAUAGGUUGAUCAAUUACAUGCUCAAAAGAGGGAUUACACCCUAUGCUAACCUCAACCACUAUGAUCUUCCUCAAGCACUCCAAGAUAGGUACAAUGGCUGGCUGGACCGACGAGUCGUGGAAGACUUUGCUGAUUAUGCAGAGUUCUGUUUCAAGACCUUUGGUGACAGAGUGAAGAACUGGUUUUCGUUCAAUGAGCCGAGAGUGGUAGCUGCCCUAGGGUACGACAAUGGGUUCUUCGCGCCCGGGAGGUGCUCCAAGCCGUUUGGCAACUGCACCGAGGGGAACUCUGCAACCGAGCCUUACAUUGUCACUCACAAUCUCCUCUUGUCCCACGGUGCUGCUGCUCAGAGAUACCGGGCUAAGUAUCAGGCUAAGCAGAAGGGGAGAUUUGGCAUUCUCCUGGAUUUUGUGUGGUAUGAGCCCCUGACAAGAUCAAAGGCUGACAAUUAUGCUGCUCAGAGGGCCAGAGACUUUCAUUUGGGCUGGUUUUUACAUCCUAUUGUGUACGGGGAAUACCCGAAAACCAUGCAAAACAUUGUGGGAGAAAGGCUCCCCAAGUUCACACCCGACGAGGUUAAGAUGGUGAAGGGAUCAAUUGAUUAUGUUGGUAUAAACCAAUACACAACUUACUAUAUGUAUGAGCCACAUAAUACCAAGCCACCAGUCCCCGGCUACCAGAAUGACUGGAACGUCGGAUUUGCCUAUGAAAAAAACGGAGUGCCAAUCGGUCCAAGGGCACAUUCAUAUUGGCUCUUUAUGGUGCCCUGGGGAAUGUACAAGGCUGUGAGCUAUGUCAAGGAGCGUUAUGGAAAUCCUACUAUGAUUUUAUCAGAAAAUGGGAUGGAUUAUGCGGGCAAUCUAACCUUUGCUGAAUCUUAUCAUGACACAAAAAGGAUCAACUAUUACAAGAGUUACCUGAUUCAACUGAAGAAGGCAAUCGAUGACGGGGCCAAUGUGAUAGGCUACCACGCCUGGUCAUUGCUCGACAACUUCGAGUGGAGGCUGGGCUACACUUCAAGAUUCGGCAUUGUGUACGUCGAUUACAAGACACUCAAGAGGUCUCCAAAGGAGUCGGCCUACUGGUUCCAACAUAUGAUUCGUCGAAACAAGCAUUAAGCUGCCUCCACCGCGUGGUCUUUUAGUUUGUCUCGAGUUUCUUGGUUAGAAAUGCAUAAGCCCUGUAGCAGCAACUUCUGGACCUUGUGGUUUUAAUAAAAUCUGUUAUUUGCUGUUGUUGCAAUUUCUCACUGAAAAA